CUGGUCCUUUGUCCCUUUCGUGAUCAGCCUUGGGAGUCGAAUGAAAGACACGAAUGAGAACGCUUCUUAGCAUCUCAAAUGCGCACACAUUGUCAUUAUCAAGUCAACGAUGACCACCCAUCCCCCUUCUUCCUCAGCGCCGGUCAGCGCUCCAAGCCUCUUCCUGCCCAAUCCUCACCAUCCCGCCCCGGAGCGGAAUCAGCCCCGACUCAUUCCUCAUUCACCCGUCUCGCCUUUCAUGAAUGGAGACCCAUCAAGCCCGCCUGUUCAUAUUCCAGCUCUCCACACAAUGUCACUUAAACGGCGGCCAUCCCAUCGCAAGGACAUAGGUGGUGAUUCGGACGGGGAAGAGGAUACGCAAGACGAAAGCGUGAUCAGAGGAUUAAUGCGACCUUCUGUUCCCAAGUCCAUACCUGCUCAUCUUGCGCCUACAGCGUUAAGAGUAAGCCUCAUCAGCGCAGCAUUGGGCAUGCUUGUUGGUCUGUGUAUUCAAAAAGCGCUACGCUUGCUGUGGUAUGCAUGGCCCAACACUACGAACAUGCACCAAUCAUCAUCACCUGUCGGCCUUUUGGCCCGCACAGGCGAUAUCUUUGCUAGCCCGCAACUCAAUGCGUAUCUCGCUGCUUGGGCUCUGUUUCAUCUCGCAGAGUUCUGGAUCACCGCACAUUGGAACGCCACGAGGCUGAUGGAAGAUUCUUUCCUGCUGCAGAACGGUAUCGCAUACCACGUUGCUCAUCUCGCUGGACUUAUUGAAUUCUUCGUGCGCCAUCUCCUUUGGAGCCAAGGCAGCGUGAAGGCUCACUGGUGGAGCUACGUCGGGCUAGGUUUGGUCGUAGCAGGUCAGAUCGCUCGUUCAUUGGCGAUGGUCCAUGCGGCAGGGUCUUUCAGCCAUGAAGUUGCACGUGGAACAAAGCGAGCGGACCAUACGCUCGUCACCACCGGCAUAUAUGCCUUCACGCGACAUCCGUCCUACGUCGGGUUCUUUUACUGGGCUUUAGGCACUCAACUCCUCCUCGGCAAUCCUCUCGCAUUCUGUGUCUUUGCGGUCACACUUUGGCGAUUCUUUAGACACAGAAUAGUAGGAGAAGAAUACUCGCUGAAGCAAUUCUUUCCAAAGGACUACGAGGAAUAUGCCAAGCGCGUAGGAACGGGUCUGCCGUUCAUCUGAUGAUGUACGAUGGGCUCAUCCAUACAAUGUCAUCUCUUCAGAAUGAAACGCACGGCACCCAAGUGUCGAGUUUCUUCAGAGCUCGGGAUACACAUCGGUACGUCGUUGAUCCCAUAAGGGCAUCUCCGUCCUCAUGCUUGUCAGGGCAUCAAGGUCCUGUUUGGGAGGGCAUGCAGAAGCUGAGCGGAGCACCCCAAGAUGCCCAAAGACUGAUCAACCAGACUCACUAUAUUCGCGAAGCAAAGCGUCGGUUUGUAAGGUUGCAUGUCGCUUUGGCGUGGGAGAGCAAGUGCAGAGAUGAGCUCAAGAUGGGGGUGGCGUCGCCUUGGCAUCGCUGGUUGGUAGCUCACCUGCAUUGGGCUACGAUGCUUCCCCAAGGAUCAACAAUCAUGGCAUGCCCAUAGCUGACUCUUUUGGUAC